AUGACCGCCCCGCCCACCCCCGAAAGCGCGCUCGACGAGGAAGAGUCCGUGUACCUCCCGCCGAUGCUCGGCGUCGAGUUCGGAACUCUUGACGACGGAACACCGGAGUGGCGCCCGAAACUCGCGGACGUACCCUCGAAUCCGGCCGCGAGGAAGAGAUACUUCGUCGCGGUCGCGCUUUGGUUCGCGUGCCGAAAACUGGGGGGCACGCGCGCGGGCACGUGUCACUGGGCCGGGACGCAGAAGCAUCUCCUCGAGCAAGCGUACCGUGCAUCCGGCGUGACUUAUACCGGGCGACCGGCGAACCGGACGAGGCGGGCGAAGACUCCGGCCGAACAUUUCUUCUCCGACUGGCCGAACUGGUCGAAGCAAAAAAGUAUUCGCGCGACCAAUCUCUCGACGGCGAGAGCGCGGCGCGGCGUGCUCGUCGCGUGGUCCGAAGAAGCCCACGGGUUCGUACAGCGCGAGGACGAGCCGGACAUCCUCGACGAGGACGCACUCGAGUACGCACUCGGCGAGGCGACGAAAGCGGAGGAGCACGCGCUCGCCGCCGCGGAGCUUCACAGGCACGUCCCCGCGCUUUUUAUCUUUUUCGUCGCGUCAGCGGCGAGCGACGAUAUCGUCGCUCGCCUCGUAUCCAUCAAGAACGGAGCCGGGUUCGGCGCGUCGCGCUCUAGCGCUCCCCCGGGACAGCGGAUCCUCGACGCGGACAACGCGGACGCGGCGACGCGGUACGGGCAAACCGCGGCAGCGACCGCGAGGCACGUCAGGGAGACUGCGCACCUCGCGGCGCUCGCGAAUGGGCGCGUGCCGGGCGCGGACGUCACGAACAUGACGCAAGCGGCGGCUUUUCGGAUGGAGUCGAAAAGACUCCGCCUGAACGGCCUCAAUACGACUGGUCGAGGUGCGCCUGAUGGACGUCCAGUCGGCGUGCGACGCGGCGGUGGCGGCCGCGGCGGACGCGCGCGCGACGCGGACGAUGACGUCGUUGUCGUUGUCCAUGGCGAGGAACGUGGAGCUCGGGUACCUCCGCGCGAAGAUACCCGUCCCGCCCGCGAUCGCGGCGGACGUUCAAAGGUGCGAGCCCUUCUUUCGUGCGUCCUUUAUAUCGCGCCGCCGGCGGCGCCGGAGAUACCGCUUGUCACGGUCGACGCGUUCGUGCGCGCGUCGGACGCGCCGCCGCCGCCGCCGGUGAUUGCACGGUGGACUUGCUCGUCCGCGCGGCGAACUCACCCCGACGUCGCGCGCGCGCGGUUGUCAUGCCCCAUCGACUGA